UGAAACCGCAAGAUACAAACAACAGCCAGUGGAACAGGUCGUGUGGUUAGACUCCAGCUAGCGAGCAGCGGCGGCACAGAGCAAAAACAAAAACAGGGAAGCCCGUUGCGUUUCCCCCCACACCUCGCCCUCCCUCCCUCCCUCCCACGCGCACGAGCACGCAGAUCGAUUCGCCGGCGUGGCUCACGCCGGCGCUCCGUGCCUCCGCGCCCCUAGCCGCGGUGGAUGAGCGGCUGCCCCGUCGCCGCCGCCGCCGCCGCACCGUCCGAGUCCGGGCUCCAGGGCCGCUCCGGCCAUGGCGAGCGUCGGCCGCAGCAGAUCGAGGCGCAGGGGAGAGGUCGGCGGGCCGUUCGAGUGGGACGCGGCCCCUUCGGGGGACUACUCCGCCGAUCACCAUGGGGCUGGGUCAUCGAGGAAACAAGCAAGUAACUCUGGGAUACUCUCCCACACUCUGUUUGAUGAGGAAAUCAGGAAAAGUAAACCAAGACAGUCCAGCUGUGUACCGAUGAAAAAGCUAAUAGAUGAAGAGUUCUUGAAAGAUGUCAAUGCCAGGCAUACUUCACCAGGUGCUGUAGGAAGACUAAUGGGUCUUGAUUCACUCCCUACCUCGUCUGGGACCCAUAGCCAGCACAGAAGUAGCAGAAGUCAUGCACACAAGACGCCAUCUUUUAUUUCUCAUGAUAGAUAUGUUCCACAGAGGAGAAAGAAUGAUGAGAUGCCAGAGGUCAAAGAUGUUUUUGAGGUUAUGGAUGUGAUGGGAGUAAAGGCACACCGAAGCCCAAGAGGUAGAAAUGGAAAUACAACUUCCAGAUUUGAUGCAGCUGAGAAGGCUAAUCUAGAUUUCAUAAGGCACAAAUUUAUGGAUGCAAAACGUCUUUCUACAGAUGAAUCCCUUCAGAUGUCAGAAGAGUUGAAUGAGACACUUGAUGCAUUGGUAUCUAAUAAGGAUCUUCUUUUGGAAUUUCUUGAAAAACGCGAUCUGGGUUCUGCCUCCUCUAAUGGAAACUGCAUUACAAUAUUGAAGCCAUCUAAAAGAAAUCAAUUUAUUGAUGCAGACAACAUAUGUUCACAUGAUAAUGAUACAGAAAGUUUUUUCCGCAAGCAAAAUGAAGUGAAAUACCCCACGAGGAAACCACAUACUAAGUUAUCCAGUCAAUCCCCAAGAGAAGACUCUGGUUCAUCGAGGCAGAAACUAUCAAGGUCAAGUCAGGAAAUCAGUGAUAAACGAGCUUGUCCCACACGGAUUGUUGUCCUGAAGCCAUGCUUUGAGAAAGCUCAGGACCUUGAAGGAUCCUUCGGCCUACCACAUGAAAUCCCUCAUUCUGAUUACAGAAGGCACACAGCAUGCCAGUGUGCUGGCAUGUGGAGUCCAUAUACUGAUGAGUCCAUGUGUCAAGUAUCCCCUGGCGAUCCUGAAACGUCAGGCCAUAUAAAAAAGGGAUCUAGAGAAAUUGCUAGAGAGGGUGCAAAACAAAUGAGAGCUGCUAGGGGCCGUGUUCUCCAACCAGACACCAGCACAAUUUUGUCAGAUGAAAGCUCACAGUUUGUGUCAUCUCUUGCUAAGGUCAAGAAUUCGGAGAGAGUCCAUAGGUCUUCUGAAUUAUGUGACGGUUGGGCUUCUCCCACCUUCAACACUUCGCCAGCAUAUUCAAAUGACACAUCAGUCAUAAAUGAAGCAAAGAAACAGCUCUCUAGCAGAUGGAAGAUAGCGCAUCAAUUUCAGCAUCAAGAACCUGAGAAUAAUGGCUUCGGCGUGCUUGGAGACAUGUUUGUUCUCUCUGACGAGGAAACAUCAGAAGUUGCUACCCAAACAAUGUCAUACCAGAAAUGUCCAAAGGGAGAACUGCAGCGAAACAGAGUGCCAGUCUCGUGUAGCAAUCCUCUUGGCAUCAGCAGCAAGGAUGGUUGGAGAGGUGUAGCUCCAAGCAGUUCAGCAAGGUCUAAAUAUCUUCCAUCAUUCUCUAACCAUGGAGUUCAAAAGUCGAGCAACAGAAAAAGAACGGGUAGGCAAAAUGAGUUUUCUAUGCUUAAAGAUGUUCUCAAAAUAGGACCCCAUGAUUCUGAGUACGCAUGUCAUAGUAGACAAAGAAAAUCCCUGGUCGGAGGUUCACCUUUUCGUGGUGAUGAAGAUCAAGUGCUCCCAGAUGAUGAGGGAAGAACCAUGAUUGACCAUGAGAUACAUGUGAGUUCUCAGGAAGCACCAGAUGUUAUUGACAUGCCAGAUUCAUCUGAACAGACACUUGCACAUGCCGUGAAUUCUGGCCAUGAAUUAGAUGGAGUGCGUCAUCUGGAUACCAGUUCUGCAGUUUUUCAACAGAAUAAAGAACCACUUUCUCCUGCUAAACUGAAUCAGCACAUGCAUCAACAGCCAUCGACAGCAUUUGAUUUCUGCCUUCAUGUUCCUAAUUUUGACAAUCUGCUGGCUCAGGCCGAGGGGAUUGAAAAUCAUGUGGAUGAUGUUUACGCAGCUCUGUUUAAUCCGCCAACAGAAACAGAAUCUCCUGUGGGGAUUGACCACCAUCAUGGUGUUGACAAUGACAAUCAAGCCUCGUGGAUUCACCCGACAGGAUCAGAAUCUCCGGUGAGCUCCAACAUUGAUGAGCAGCCAAGUCCAGUGUCUGUUCUUGAAUCUUCCUUGGAUGCUGAAGAAGUUUACUCAGGAGAUUUCGAGAAAAUUAGUGCCGAUCUUCAAGGACUGCGAAUGCAACUUCAGCUUCUCAAGACGGAGACCACAGACGAUGCAGACGACACCGAUCAUCUUACAGCGAGCGACGACGAGGUUGCCUCGGCAGAUGAGCCACUUGCUGAAAUGGAGAUACUACCCCCCCAUGCUUUCGUGGAUGAGGAAGAACGAGAUUUCUCGUAUGUGCUUGAUAUGCUCACCUUAUUGGGCAUUGAUGACGCUUUCCAGGACGGGCUACUCGACGUGCGCUGCUUUUCGGAAUAUCCUGCUGGCCCUGAUAUAUAUGAUAUACUUGAGAACAAGUACAGCAGCCUCAUUCUAUGGCCGGCGUCGGAGAGGAUGCUCCUGUUUGAGCUCACAAACACCGUGAUUGCAGAUCUGAUAGCCUCUCUGGUGCAUCAUGGGUCAAAGGGGUUGCUGCGAAGGUUCUCAUCCAGGUGGGAUCAGGAGGGGUUUGUCGUUGAUGUGUGGCAGAGGGUGUUCGAGAUACGGCAAGAGAUGGACGGUAACCAGGGCGACCCGCUGAUGAUGGACUUCGAGCGGCAUGGCUCUGAGGAUGGCGUCGAUCUUGUCGGGAGGGAGAUGGAGAGGAUGUUGCUUAAGGAUCUUGUGGUGGAAACCAUUGCUGAGUUCCUGGGGACAGGAUAAUCUGGUGUAGCUUUUGUGGCUCCAUGGUUUGCAGCGAUUGCCAUUUGAGCAGCUGAGAUGCCGUAGGUUCGUUGUAGUGGAUCAUCAUACAGACAGAGACAGGUGAAGGGAUGUGGUUGUAACUAUUAGUUGUAAUAACUGUGGCCUAGGGUUCCCCUCCCAACUGGAGAAAAACCAGUGGAUUUUGGGCGCGGAGAUGGAGUAUAAAUGUGAAUUUUUGGUAUGAACUGGUUGAUAAUCAUGCAGUUGCCUUGUUUGGUA